AUGAUGAAAUCGAUUGCUGUCCAGGCCCUCAGCUGUAACGUGUUUCGAUCGAGUCCUGGUACCUACUUGAAGGGACACGUGUUUCAUACGUCAUCAGUCCCAGGCCUUCAACAGUGUACCGCGGCUUGCCUCAACCAUUAUCAGUGCAAAAGCAGCAACUUUGGUUUUGUAAACAGAACGUGUGAACUGAACAACGUUGAUAAAUUUGAUUCUCCAUCUGACUUGGUACCGAGACCAGGGUUCAGCUACAGUGGUUGGAAAACCAAACAGCCUUCCAGGUCCUGCGCAGAAAUAAAACAAAGGAAUCCCAGUAACACAGUAAGUGGUUACUACACCGUCUUUGUGCGAGGACAGCAACGUCAAGUGUACUGUGACAUGGAGAAUUUUGGUGGUGGAUGGAGUUUGGUUGUUUCUAUCAACGCCAGUAACAAUGACCAUCUACAAACCAUUGAGAACAACUGCAAAGAUUCAUUUCUCUGUGUGCCACAUAGCAAAAGUAACGUUGAAGGGAGAAAGAUGUCUGAUGAAGAUAUCAUUGCUUUGGCCUCUACUGAAGGAACCUUUCGAUUUGAUAGGUUUGGUUCUACACCUGGGACUUCUUUUUACCAGUUGCCAGGUGGCCCAAAUCACUUUUCAUCUUCUUGCUAUGCAUCAAACUGUGCAAGAAUGAUCAUGUCGCAUCAUUACCCGUACAAAUGGGAAUCAAACUGCAAAGGAAUCAGCGUUGGAUAUAAAAUAUUUCACCAUGUGUUUGAUAAUCAUGAUAAAGACGAGUGUGGUUUUAGRUGGGAAUCUUCACAAUUCAUUACUAGAGGUCCCGGAAGGUUUCUUUACGGAUACAAGGCGUAUGGCAACACCGGCAUAUAUUUCAAGGAAGAAGGAUCACURUUUGUCAGAUAAAUUAACGCAAGGCACAAGAACAGCGCGUAGAAUUAUAUGAUUUAGAGAGCUUAAACAUGACUUUCACUGCAAACUGCAAACGGCAUUGGUUAAUAGUCCAAAAGCGCCAAAUUUUAAAAAAAGUUUUAAAAAACUCUCUAUUUAUAAAAUCACUUUGAAAAACUCAUGCCAGCGCAAGUCGUAUCACUAUAAACUAWCAAUCUUUGGCCAACAAAGCACUUGCUUCAAGACUCUAUAUAGUGCACAAUAUUAUGUUCAUCUUCAUAGCAAAUGGGGGACAUCAUUUUGUUAAGUAAAUCAACCAAAUCAUGAAACUUAAUUGUGAGACUGCAGGAAAUGUGACUAAAAAUUGGCUAAAAGUCGGUCCCAGUAGAGUUGAUUGAAAUAAACUGAAGAAAUUGAAUAAAAGCU